CGCGGCCCCGGCUCCCCCGCCAGGUCGCAGAGGGGAGCAGGCACCAGCAAGCAGGCGGCGGCGCUGGCAGGAUGGGGAAUCGGGAGAUGGAGGAGCUGAUCCCGCUGGUGAACCGUCUGCAGGACGCCUUCUCGGCGCUGGGACAGAGCUGCCUGCUGGAGCUGCCGCAGAUCGCCGUGGUGGGCGGCCAGAGCGCAGGCAAGAGCUCGGUGCUCGAGAACUUCGUGGGCAGGGACUUUCUCCCUCGAGGGUCGGGCAUUGUAACCAGACGGCCUCUUGUGCUGCAGCUUGUUACUUCCAAAGCAGAAUAUGCUGAAUUUCUACAUUGCAAAGGAAAAAAAUUUACAGAUUUUGAUGAAGUUCGCCAUGAGAUUGAAGCAGAAACAGAUCGAGUGACUGGAAUGAAUAAAGGCAUUUCCUCCAUACCCAUUAAUUUACGAGUCUAUUCUCCACAUGUGUUAAAUCUCACACUUAUUGACCUACCUGGAAUUACUAAAGUGCCCGUGGGAGAUCAGCCACCAGAUAUUGAAUAUCAGAUCAGAGAAAUGAUUAUGCAGUUCAUCACUCGGGAGAACUGUCUGAUUUUGGCUGUUACCCCAGCCAACACGGAUCUUGCAAACUCAGAUGCAUUGAAGCUAGCUAAAGAAGUUGAUCCUCAAGGUUUAAGAACCAUUGGAGUCAUCACCAAAUUGGAUCUUAUGGAUGAAGGAACAGAUGCCAGGGAUGUUCUGGAGAACAAGCUGCUGCCUCUUCGCAGGGGUUAUGUGGGGGUGGUAAACAGAAGUCAGAAGGACAUAGAUGGGAAGAAGGACAUUAAGGCUGCCAUGUUGGCAGAAAGGAAAUUUUUUCUCUCGCACCCAGCUUACAGACAUAUUGCUGAUAGGAUGGGGACUCCACACCUGCAGAAGGUCCUUAAUCAGCAACUUACCAACCACAUUCGAGAUACCCUGCCAAACUUCAGGAACAAACUACAGGGACAGUUGCUCUCCAUUGAACAUGAAGUGGAAGCCUAUAAAAACUUCAAGCCAGAAGACCCCACCAGGAAGACCAAAGCAUUGUUGCAGAUGGUUCAGCAAUUUGCUGUGGACUUCGAGAAGAGAAUUGAAGGGUCAGGGGAUCAAGUAGAUACGCUGGAGCUCUCAGGAGGGGCUAAAAUUAACCGUAUUUUCCACGAACGCUUUCCUUUUGAGAUAGUAAAGAUGGAGUUCAAUGAGAAAGAAUUACGAAGAGAAAUAAGCUAUGCAAUCAAAAACAUACAUGGUAUCAGGACAGGGUUGUUUACUCCAGACAUGGCAUUUGAAGCAAUAGUCAAAAAACAAAUUGUAAAGCUGAAAGGACCUUCCUUGAAGAGUGUAGAUCUGGUAAUACAAGAAUUAAUCAACACUGUCAAGAAGUGUACCAAAAAACUGGCAAACUUCCCAAGACUCUGCGAGGAAACAGAAAGGAUUGUUGCCAACCAUAUUCGUGAGCGAGAAGGGAAGACAAAGGACCAGGUACUGCUACUGAUUGACAUCCAAGUCUCUUACAUCAACACCAACCAUGAAGAUUUCAUUGGAUUUGCAAAUGCUCAGCAGAGAAGCAGUCAGGUUCACAAGAAAAACACAAUUGGAAAUCAGGGAACCAAUCUUCCGCCUUCAAGGCAAAUUGUGAUUCGCAAGGGGUGGCUAACCAUCAGCAACAUUGGCAUCAUGAAAGGAGGCUCUAAGGGAUACUGGUUUGUCCUUACAGCUGAAAGCUUGUCCUGGUACAAAGAUGACGAGCUGGUAAUACAGGACGAAUGGAGUGAGAAGGGGAGCUUUCCUUGGAUGCGGUAGAGGGAGAAACUUACAAACCGGGCGGCAGCAAAAGCCGCCAACUCAAGGCCAUCUUGGUUUGGAGCCAGCAGAAAAGCGGAACUUGCCGAAUGGAAGAGGUUUGAAGAAGGAAAACAAACUUUCUCUGCCUUUUAGUUUU